AUGGGCCGGUGGCGGGGCCGGGCGCGGGGCGUCGCGGUGGCGGUGGCGCACGGGCUGUGCUCGGGCUCGCUGAACAUCCUGCUGAAGUUCCUGCUGGCCCGCUACCACUUCGCCUUCCUGACGCUGCUGCAGUGCCUGAGCAGCGCGGCGGCGGCGCUGGGGCUGGAGGCGCUGCGGCGGCGGGGACUGGCCGCCCUGCCGCCCUUCGGGCUCCGCCUGGCGCGACCCUUCGCCGCCGUGGCCGCCCUGGCCACGCUGCAGUCCACCCUCACCCUCUGGUCGCUGCGCGGCCUCAGUCUCCCCAUGUACGUCGUGUUCAAGCGCUGCCUGCCCCUCGUCACCCUCCUCACCGGCGCCCUGGUGCUCCGCGACGGGAUGCCCUCGCCCGGCGUCCUGGUCGCCGUCCUCAUCACCACCUGCGGCGCCGCGCUGGCCGGAGCUGGUGACCUGACGGGGGAUGCUAUGGGCUAUGUGACAGGCGUGCUGGCCGUGCUGAUACAUGCUGCCUACCUGGUGCUCAUUCAGAAGACCAGUGUAGAUAGUGAAUACGGACCCCUGACAGCCCAGUAUGCCAUCGCUGUUUCCGCCACCCCUUUUCUCAUCAUCUUCUCCUUUGCCAGCAUGGAUUCCAUCAACGUCUGGUCAUUCCCAGGGUGGAAGGACCCUGCCAUGGUAUGCAUCUUUAUCGCUUGCGUCCUGAUUAGCUGUGCCAUGAACUUCACCACCCUUCACUGCACUUACAUCAACUCAGCUGUGACCACCAGCUUCGUAGGGGUGGUGAAGAGCAUAGCAACCAUCACAGUGGGCAUGCUGGCAUUCAAUGAUGUGGAGCCCACAAAGUUAUUUAUAGCUGGUGUUGUGGUCAACACCUUGGGGUCCGUCAUUUACUGCGUGGUCAAGUACAUUGAGACCAGACAGCAGAGCAAAUAUGAGGACCUGGAGAAAGAAUCUGGAGAAGGGGAGGUGAAAAGGCAGGCUGGGGACCAAGAACUUUUUCAGAUGGAGGCAAUUUCCCAGGAGAAGAGGACUGAGGAAGCAGCAGUGGAAGAAUCAGCCGUGGAGGACAGCCAGAGUGGAGGGGAAGAGAAGGACGGCACUGAGAAACCUGCCAAGAGAGCAGCGCUCCAGGGAAAAGCCACUGGCACACAAGAAGUGAACAGGAGCUCACUGAAGGAUGCCUAUCUUGGAGUAUGGAGGUUGGUGAGAGGUGCUAAUUAUAUAAAGAAGGAUUAUUUGAUAGAAAAUGAGGAGCUACCGAGCCCUUAAGAAGCAGAUUUGAAAUCUAUUGCUUGAUGACAGACGCCUGGUUCUCUGUACGGGGGGAAAGGCAGAGCAUACAUUUCCACAUCGAUGCUGACAAAUCCAAAUCAUGUAGGACGACUUUACCUCAUGGUCAAAAGACAAAAGGUCAGAGUUUGCUCAUGCUUUGGGCUUGCUUUCAGCUGCAUUCAGUACGUCAGUUUAGACCCACCACAGCUAAAGGUGCUGAGUCCUCUGCUGUGGGUACAGAGAGAGAUGGGCAACGGCAAGUCACGGCGCGCUUGCCCAGCAGCCUGUGCCGUGGGGGACACCAGUACCAUUAUGUUAGUCAGCAGUGCCAGUGGCAUGGUGGUAGCCUGUGGCUUAGCUUGUGACUGGAGCCUGGUCAUUUUAACACCAUCUGGAGGCUCUGUCGAUGUGCUUCCAUAGCUGUAUCCGUCCAACUAUAGGUACUAAACAUAAACAUAGUCCCACAAUAUAUGAGCUAUUAAUGGUACUUCAUAUACUCCUCUGUGCCAAUACAAUUGCAACAGAGCUAGAGGUCCUGCCACUUCAGUAUCUUGGUGUAAAAUCACACUCCGAACUGAAGAAUUGAAACUCUCCUUGAUACUAUGGCCAUGCUGGGCCGUGGACCUGGUUUACACUGGGUGGUUUGUGUCUUCAGUAGAAAUACUUCCUUCUUGUAGGGGUGGUGUACAUGAGACCAGAACCAGAUCUGAACUUUUGAGAAGCUGUGGUCAGCAAAAGAAGGGUGUUUUUCUAUGAGCUUUAACUACACAUAGCAUUGGUCUAAUUUGAUCCAAAUUAAAGGGAUUGGAAAUGUUGGACUGUAUUGAUUUGAUUCAGGAGGGCUAUAAAAAGGAUCGGGAGACAGUGUGUGCCUUGUGCUCUCCUUCUUGUACCCUGAAGUUGGUUGGAUCAGCAUCUGGCUGGAAACCUAGGUGUCCUCUCCACUUCCCUCUCUCAGAAGUACAGGCUGUGUGUACCAGAUGCAUUUAAUGGGGCAGACUGAGGAAACAAGCAUUUGAGUAGUUCUUAGCCUGGAGAUACCUGUUUGGGAGGUGGGAGUCCUUGGAUCAAACCUUUGCUCAGAACCAGGCAGAGGAGAGAUUUUUGAGUCUUCCUCAUCCCAAAAGGGUGCCCCAGCCACUGGGCCAUCCUGACCACAGGCUGAAACAAAUUGCUCUCAUCUUCUGACAAAAUGAACCAAGUUUGUUGUUAUUAUUGUUAUUAAUGUUACUAUUAUUUAUUAAGCCACUGAACCGAAAAUCAGUUAUUCCCACAGCCCUAAUUAAUCAGUGCCUAGCCUGAUGCCUUCUCCAGCCAAGCAGGCAGCAUUAGUCUCACAGCACAUUCAGCACUAAAAUCUGAAAUGAGCCAUUUACCCAGCAGGGAGUAUUUGCAAAACUGAUCUCUGGGGGAGCUUUAGAGUCUUGUCAAUAAAUGCAGGCAGAAACAUCGAGCGGGAUCAUGUGUUUUUUUGAGUGAGAGCAGAGGCUGGGUGGUGACCUGGCAUCACCCACGAGUUUUGGAUCAGGUGGCUCUAAAAGGCAUUCAGGCUAACAGCCUGUAGCUGCUGAGCUGGGGACAGGGCAUGGAGAUCUGUACAUCACACCUGAUGUAUAGCUUGUGUUGAAGAGCUGACAGAGGCUGGCUGUGUGCCAAGACACGUCUGUUUUCUGUUGGAGCCCCAUAUGGCAUCUUUUUCAACAAAAGCACUAUUUGUCAUUUACAGGCUAAUGUAAUAGGGGUUUUGUUUGUUUUUCAAGUGCAUCCCAAAGAAGUUCGUGCCCACGACUUAUAGCUGCUGUGUUACUGAACUCAUUAUGAUAUUGACCUGCAUUGCAAUCAGACAGAUGGCUGAAGGGAAACCCACGUCUCUGAUCUGCCCUCACUGUGCCCAGUGUUUUCUGCCCAUGAGAAACGUGGAUCUUUUUACCACCUGGAUGCCAGGCUUAGAUCCCAUAGCACACACUCUGUGUUUGGCACGUGCUGUGGAAAGCUCUCCCCCUGGACUCCUAUUGCAGGACAUUUUCCUGGGGGAGCUCAGUGUUUUUGCUGCUUAACUGUUGUUGAAGCAUUAGUAGAAACUUGCGGAAAUUCAAACAGUUUUGACUGUUAAAAAAAGCUGCUGUGAUGAUGUUGUACAUUUGCAUGUAUAGUCGAAAUGUGAUUAUAUUGUAUUCUAUUUAUACCUGUACAUUCUCUGAAUUAAAAUGGGAAUUUGGCAAAUGCAGUCCACUUUUUCAGUAACAGAGACUGUUGCACAAUAAAAUAAACAUACUGCCUCGUGCUGAGGUAUUUUAAUAGCAUCAGUGGAAGAAUGCAGAUCGAGAUGUGGGAAUAAAAUGCACUGCUUUCCAAAAGC